AUGUCUAGUCCACCUUCACCUAGAACAACAGCUUUAACUGUUCAGAUCGCAGCCAUGCGUGACAAUUUUGAAAGAUUAUUAAGAGAACAAGGUGAACAACUUCAACAAAGAAUUGGUGAGUUGGAAAGGAGGCUCCAAAAUUCUAAUGAUGGUAGUGGCGAUGAGGAGGAAAGAAGACGUAGAAGGAGACAAGGGGGAGAUAAUUUGAGGGGCAUAAAAAUUAAAGUUCCAACUUUUGUUGGGAAAAGUGACCCGGAGGCAUAUAUAGAAUGGGAGACUAAACUUGAACAAAUUUUUAAUUGUCACAAUUAUUCUAAUCUUGAAAAAGUGCAAGUUGCUUCUAUUGAGUUCAAGGAGUAUGACUUAGUUUGGUGGGAUCAAUUGACCAAAGAUAGAAGGAGGGAAUUGCACAACAAAUUGCAAAGACUCACUCAAGGUUCUAAAAGUGUUGAAGAAUAUUUCAUGGAGAUGGAAGUUCUCAAAAUUAGAGCUAAUGUAGAGGAGGACGAUGAAGCAACUAUGGCUAGGUUUCUCCAUGGUCUAAAUCAUGACAUUAGUGACAUAGUGGAACUUCAUCACUAUGUUGAAAUGGACGAAUUGGUACACCAAGCUAUCAAAGUGGAACAACAACUCAAAAGAAAGAGCCAAGCAAGGAGAAAUUCCACCACUUUCAAUUCUCAAAGUUGGAAGGACAAAACAAAGAAGGAGGGUGCUUCAUCAUCUAAGGAAGCCACGGUUGAAAACAAAGGUAAAACUAUUACAUCUUCUUCUUCAAGUGUUUCAACUAACAAAAGUGUUAAGUGUUUCAAGUGUCAAGGCCAAGGACAUAUUGCAUCUCAAUGUCCAACAAAGAGAACUAUGCUUAUGGAAGAAAAUGAAGAAAUUGUUGAAGAGGAGGAUGGUGAUUAUGAUGAGGAGUUUGAAGAAGAAAUACCUAGUGGAGAUUUACUCAUGGUGAGAAGAAUGUUGGGAAGCCAAAUAAAGGAGGAGGAUACAAGUCAAAGAGAAAACCUUUUUCAUACAAGAUGCUUUGUGCAAGGAAAGGUUUGUUCUUUAAUAAUUGAUGGAGGAAGUUGUACAAAUGUUGCAAGCACGCGUCUGGUUUCUAAACUAAAAUUGGAAACAAAACCUCACCCUAAGCCUUACAAAAUCCAAUGGCUUAAUGAAAGUGUAGAAAUGCUUGUUAAUAAACAAGUUGAGAUUUGUUUUAAAAUUGGAAAAUAUGAGGAUGUAGUGUUGUGUGAUGUAGUACCAAUGGAAGCUAGUCAUUUGUUAUUAAGAAGGCCUUGGCAAUUUGAUAGAAAAGCCAAUCAUGAUGGGUACUCCAAUAAGUACUCUUUUAUGUAUCAUGAUCAAAAGAUCAAUCUUGUACCGUUAAAUCCUAGUGAGGAAUUUAAAGAAUUGUUUCCGAAAGAGGUGCCAAGUGGUUUACCACCUAUAAGAGGAAUUGAACAUCAUAUUGAUCUCAAUCCAGGAGCAUCUUUGCCUAAUAGGCCAACAUAUAGAAGCAAUCCACAACAAACUCAAGAGAUACAAAGGCAAGUUGCUGAAUUGAUAAGUAAAGGAUGGGUAAGAGAAAGUUUAAGUCCUUGUGCUGUCCCUAUUAUUCUAGUCCCUAAAAAGGACGGUAGUUGGAGGAUGUGCACUGAUUGUAGGGCCAUUAACAAUAUUAUCAUUAAAUAUAGGCAUCCUAUUCCUAGACUAGAUGAUUUGCUUGAUGAAUUGUGUGGUGCAUGCUUAUUUUCUAAAAUUGAUUUGAAAAGUGGAUAUCACCAAAUUAGAAUAAGGGAAGGGGAUGAAUGGAAAACUGCUUUUAAAACAAAAUUUGGUUUCAUUGUGAGCUCUAAAGGAGUCCAUGUUGAUGAGGAAAAGGUGAAAGCCAUUCGAGAGUGGCCUCCUCCCAAAAAUGUAAGUGAGGAAGGUCAUCCACUUGCUUAUUUUAGUGAAAAGCUAAAAGGGUCUGCCCUUAAUUAUUCUACAUAUGAUAAGGAAUUGUAUUCCUUAGUGAGAGCUCUACAAACUUGGCAAUAUUACUUGCUGCCCAAAGAGUUUGUCAUUCAUAGUGAUCACGAAUCCUUGAAACAUUUGAAGGGACAAGGCACAAUGGCUAUUUAUUUAAAGAAAAAAAAACUAUGUGUGCCUAAAGGUUCCAUUAGAGAACUACUUGUAAAAGAGGCGCAUGAGGGAAGACUAAUGGGUCAUUUUGGGGUUUCUAAAACUCUAGAAUUCUUAAAAGAACAUUUUUAUUGGCCUCACAUGAAAAUUGAUGUCCAAAAGCUUUGUGAAAGAUGCAUUGUGUGUAAAAAGGCUAAAUCAAAAGUUAUGCCUCAUGGUUUGUAUACUCCUUUGCCUGUACCUGAAUUUCCUUGGAUUGACAUUUCCAUGGACUUUGUUUUGGGGCUGCCUAGAACAAAGAAUGGCAAAGAUUCUAUUUUUGCAGUUGUGGACAGGUUUUCAAAAAUGACACAUUUUAUUCCAUGUAAAAAGGUGGAUGAUGCGUGUCAUGUUGCUGAUUUGUUCUUUAAGGAAGUGGUGCGCCUACAUGGCUUACCAAGGAGCAUUGUUUCUGAUCGUGACUCCAAGUUCUUAAGCCAUUUUUGGAGGACUUUGUGGGGAAAUGUGGGUACAAAGUUGUUAUUUUCCACUACUUGUCAUCCCCAAACAGAUGGACAAACUGAAGUAGUAAAUAGAACUCUUUCUACUCUUCUUAGGGAUAUUCUUAAAAAGAAUUUAAAAAUGUGGGAGGAAUGGUUACCUCAUAUAGAGUUUGCUUACAAUAGGGCUGUCCAUAGCACUACACAACAUUCACCUUUCGAGAUUGUGUAUGGUUUUAAUCCUUUAACACCUCUUGAUUUGUUACCAUUGCCUAACACAUCUAUUUUGAAGCAUAAAGAUGGGAAAGCUAAGGCUGAAUUUGUGAGAAAAUUGCAUGAACAAGUAAAAUUGCAAAUUGAAAAGAAAAAUAAAAGUUAUGCAAAAAGUGCAAACAAAGGGCGAAAGAAAGUUAUUUUUGAACCCGGGGAUUGGGUUUGGAUACAUAUGAGAAAAGAGAGAUUCCCAUCACAAAGGAAGUCCAAACUUCAACCUAGGGGAGAUGGACCAUUUCAAGUACUUUCAAGGAUCAAUGACAAUGCCUACAAAAUAGAACUUCCAGGUGAGUAUAGGGUAAGUACUACUUUUAAUGUGGCUGAUUUAUCUCCUUUUGAUGUAGGUGAUGAUGGUCUAAAUUCGAGGUCGAAUUCUUUUCAAGAAGGAGGGAAUGAUGAGGACGUAAUCCAAGACAUAAAUGAUACAAUGCAAGGCUUAGGAGGUCCUAUGACAAGGGCACAUGCAAGAAGAGUCAAUGAUGCUUUAGUUCACUUCAUGAUCAAGUCAAUAGAAUGCAUGGGCCAUAUUGAAGAAAAAGAGCCCAAGUUUAUUCUUAUCAUCCAAGCAUGUGAUAAAAGGCCCAAUAAUGCAUAA